AACGUCAACAUCCUGUAUUGUGUCGCCACCUGAGAUUCCGGUGUCAUAAGCCGAUGUUGACACCCCUUCCUUGCAACCAUGCAAAUUAAGUUGAUCAUUUGACCAUCUCCUGGAAUAGACACAUAUAUUUCAUAGAAUUUGAAGAAACUGAAGACAAAGUAGUAAACCGAAGACAACCAAUGGAAGGGACACUGAACAAGUAUACCAAUGUGAUGAAAGGCUGGCAGCACAGAUGGUUUCUCUUAGAUCCUCAAUCUGGCAUGCUGGAAUAUUUUGAGAAAGAAGAAUAUAAGAAACAAAGACCAAGAGGCUUUCUUCAUUUGGCAGCAGCAGUUAUCUGCCCUUCAGAUGAAGAUUCACAAACAUUUUCUGUCAGUGCAUCUAAUGGAGAGACUUACAGGCUGAGAGCAACUGAUGCCAAAGAAAGACAAAUGUGGGUGGACAAACUGAGGUCUACGGCAGAGUACUUUACAGCACAUAUGUCAAAAAGUGCUUCUUUGACUUCCUUCAAUAAAGACAGAUCCUCGUCGGGUAUUUCAGUCAAUGAAUUGUUCAACAAGAAAAGAUCAGAUUCAAAUGAACAGAUACAUAACCAUCCUCAUGCAGUUGUUCCAAGAUCUCAACACAGAGCGCCAGCCUCAAGACCUCACACACUGGAUCCUUUCAAGGAAGUCAAGGAAUACUUAAUAGAAGCUGAGGAUUAUUCACACCAUCUUCAGGAAAAAUGUUCAUCGCUUCCAGUAUCAGAAGAACCAAUUGGUGGUUUGGAUAAGGAUUUACUGUUACUGAAAGCCACAUCAAGUGCCACCCUAAGUUGUCUCAGUCAAUGUUUGAAAAUGUUGGAGCAUAAACAGGGGGUUGGUUCUCAUACACACAGUUUACAGUUAGGAAUAGAACCAGCAUUAGAAAGAGAAAUUCAAAAGGAACGUAGCCAUUCUUUCCUGUCAAAUGUCUCAGAGAAUAGUACACAUGAAUUAUCCCGAGCUGGUAGUUUCUCUUCGGCAAAUGUGAAAUUCCCUCUUCCUGAUGAUCAUCCCGAGGGCCCAAUUAAUCAUGAAGAAGAAGUAGAAGAUGAUGACAGUUACCAUGAUACAGAUUUGGAAGGAGUCGAGGAACACAAAAGUAUCAUUUUACAUCUCCUAUCUCAACUCAAACUAGGCAUGGAUCUAACUAAGGUCGUUCUUCCCACAUUUAUUUUGGAGAGAAGAUCGUUGUUAGAAAUGUUUGCCGACUGUAUGGCACAUCCUGAUGUGUUCCUCAAAAUACCAGAUUUACCUGACCCAGAGUCUCGAAUGAUGGCUGUUUUAGAGUGGUAUCUUACCUCAUUCCAUGCUGGCAGACAGGGAUCUGUUGCCAAAAAGCCAUACAAUCCAAUUAUAGGAGAGACAUUCCAUUGUUCCUGGAAGUUACCGAAGAAAUCAAAGAUAUCUGACGAUGAAGGAUCAUCUGUUGAUACCAAUCAAUCAUCUGUCAGCAUAGGCGAAGAAAAAGUACAACUAAUCUAUUGUGCUGAGCAAGUCUCUCAUCACCCUCCAGUGUCAGCAUUUUAUUUUGAAUGUCCUGGAAAACAAAUGUGUAUGGAUGCUUCCAUAUAUACCAAGUCAAAAUUUUAUGGAAUGUCUAUUGGAGUCAACUUAAUUGGAAAAGUAAAGUUAAAACUCCUUGCUCUGGAUGAAGAGUAUGUGUUUUCUAUGCCAAGUGCCUAUGCUAGAUCAAUAUUAACAGUUCCAUGGGCUGAGAUGGGAGAUAAAAUCAAUAUGACCUGCCAAAAGACAAAUUUAUCAUCUACAGUUACAUUCCAUACAAAGCCAUUUUAUGGUGGAAAACUUCACCGUGUCAGUGCAGAAGUGAAGAACAAUUCAACAGGGAAUGUUUUCUGUAAGGUUCAGGGAGAAUGGAAUAAUGUUAUAGAAUUUUCUUACUCAGACGGGAGAAGUAAAACAAUUGAUGUAACUUCAUUAGAAACAUGUAAAAAGAAAGUAAGACCGAUUGAUAAGCAGGGUGAUUUUGAAUCACGUCGUCUGUGGCAACAUGUGACGAAUGCUUUGAGAUCCCAUGAUGUAAAUACAGCUACAGAACACAAGAGAUUAUUGGAAGAAAGACAGAGGGAAGGAGAACGACACAGAAAAGAAACAAAUACUCAGUAUCCUACUAAGUAUUUCAAGAAAGAUGGUGAUGGUUGGACAUACAAUAACAUUUUACAGAAAGGAGAUUAUAGAGGAAGCCUCUAGCGCUCAGAAGUAGUGAUCACAAAUGACUUAAACAUUUAUCAUAAAGACUGUGAUAUUAUAAAAAUGUGCUAUGUCUGUAUUAAUUUUUAUUGAUUAUUGUUUAAGAACAAGCAUUAUUUGAAUUUUUACAAGAUUAAGAUAAGUUUACAUUAUUUUUCUUUUUGUUGAAAGACAAUUGAAGGGCAUGUAACUGUAAGUCUUAUAUAAGUACAUUUUUAGGGGGGAGUAUGGAGGCAUACUUGUAAGACUCUUUUUUUUGUAUUCAAUUAUAUGUAAUUCCGUAAAACCAGAAAUCAAAAGUCAGGGUUUCACAUGGUUAUUAAUAUUUCAAUAAAAAUUGCUGUUCAUGGGAGGGUUUUAAGAAUUGAAUGCAAUAUAUUUUUAUUACCUUCUGUUUUCUUUAUAUUAAAUUAAACUAAUUUUCAAUUCCUGUCUAUCUGCUUCAAAGUAUACUUAUAUUAUCUCAAAAUCAUUGACAAUUAAAAAAUCGAAUUUAGAUCUGAUUACAAUUUAUAUACGAUAGUAUAUUUGAUCACAUUAUAAAAAUGUUUUAAUCUGUUCACUGAUACCCCAAUAUCUCUGUAAUUUUAUGAUUCAUUGCUUAAGGCUUAUUGACACAACUUCAGUGGGCAUUGGCUUUAUAACUAUAAAUAGUCUAAACUGUUUUGCAUAGAUACAGUGGACUCUACUUAAUUGCAUACCUUAAAUGCAUAACCAUGUUUAUAUUUGCAUGAGAGUUCUAAGCACAAACCAUUUGGUAUUGUAAGUUAUAAGUUAACUCCCUUAAGUGUUAUGUAUGCCCUUAAGAACUCCUGAAGAAUUCAGUACAAUUAUUGAAAUAUGAUAACAAGUGUACUGAUCUUGAAAAAAUGUAAGUAUUUUUGUAAGUAAACUGAUAUGUAAUGAAGAAAUAAGGAAAUAUCAAAUGUGUUUAUGCAAUAAAUUUGUUUUUAAAACUA